AUGGUCCCUGUACAGUCUUUCACAGGUGGGCUGCUGGGCACAGGUGGGGCUGCUGGUCACAGGUGGGGCUGCUGGUCACAGGUGGGGCUGCUGGUCACAGGUGGGGCUGCUGGUCACAGGUGGGGCUGCUGGUCACAGGUGGGGCUGCUGGUCACAGGUGGGGCUGCUGGUCACAGGUGGGGCUGCUGGUCACAGGUGGGGUUGCUGGUGCUGGUGCUGGCGGCUGGCGCUGGUGCUGGUUCCUGGUGCUGGCAGCUGGCACUGGGGCUGGUUCCUGAUGCUGGCGGCUGGCGCUGGGGCUGGUUCCUGGUGCUGGCGGCUGGCGCUGGUGCUGGUUCCUGGUGCUGGCGGCUGGCACUGGGGCUGGUUCCUGGUGCUGGCGACUGGCGCUGGGGCUGGUUCCUGGUGCUGGCGGCUGGCGCUGGGGCUGGUUCCUGGUGCUGGCGGCUGGCGCUGGGGCUGGUUCCUGGUGCUGGCGGCUGGCGCUGGGGCUGGUUCCUGGUGCUGGCGGCUGGCGCUGGGGCUGGUUCCUGGUGCUGGCGGCUGGCGCUGGUGCUGGUUCCUGCGACCGCCGGUGCGACGGGCGAGGUGCAAGGUGGCGCUGGCUGCAGUCGAUGGCGCAAACGCGAUCGCGGGCCGCUGGCGACUUCGCUGGCGACUUCGCUGGCGGGUCGCUGGCGGUGGGUCCGCUGGCGUUCGCCAUAG